CUUGCUUUGACUCCAAAAGUCGCGUGAUUUACAUGCUGCACAGCCAUGAUGGCCAAUUGUAGAUCCUUCUCCCGCACAUACCAGCGUUAUGCAUGAUGGACCCAACCGUAAACCCUGCUGUGUGCGAAGAUUUCUCUUUGUUUAAGCGAGUGUUAAAGGAUCUGCGUACUUUGGACGACAAUGUUGUGCCACGUCUCAACGCUUUGACAACACGCUCUGUAGAUCUAAAUAAGUCAUGUCGGGCGUUUUAUGAGCAGCUUGAUGAGUCAUAUAGACAUAGAGAAAGGCUGAUAUCAAAGUGCAAGCAUCUGACAGAUGAAAGAAUAGCGACAAAGAGGAAACAGCUUGAAGAACAGCCAAACGAUAUAGAUUUGAAAUUGUCAAUACAGGCAGAUGAAGCAAAGGCACGCGCAAUCAACGCUGAAUUUACAGUGGAAGAAAUAUUACGAGAGCGCACAUCCGAGGUGUUCAAAGCCAGAUGCUGGGGUACCCUCGUGUCAGAGGACUUUUGGAAAGUUCUGCGAUAAUUGUCAUCCAUUGUGAUCAAUGCAUACUCGCAUAAUUGCUCAACAAAGUCAACUUUGUUAACCCGAAUGACGUCAAAUAUCACCACAUGUCAAAUACAGAUGAAAGCUAUCAAACAUAUAUA